AUGUCUAAGAUAUUAUCGACGCCCAUGCUAGGAGCUUCUAGUCGAGGCUUGAAGGGAGUCCUCUCCCAAAGAGCUCAGAUUACUGCUCCAUCGCAAGCCAGAUGGCUAUCAACAAAACAGACGUCUGCUGGAGCAAGCCUAUUGCAGGACAAGAAAAAUGGCUUCGGUUUUGCCAGAUCAAACCCCCGACCGGCAAAGCCGCGUGCUAAAGGCGUUACUGAGAUACGAGGCCCUUACUAUUCCGUAAUACCCCCCUUCUAUAUGAUUCAUUUUUUUUCCCGGUAUAAUCUAACCGGGUUUUCUAUAGGUUAUGGGCAAGCGAUAUCUCGCAGAUGUGCUAGAAACGUGAAGCACCAUCCCCCCCGCAUCCAAGAUGGCCGAGGCCGAUCUGAAACUAACAAGAUCUCCAGAAUGGGCCAACAUGUUGACGGACUGAAGUUUGCAGGAGGCUCGUUCUCCCUCUUUGAAGAGAAGCCACUCCGCGAGCUGCUGGAUCUUGCCCAUGAGCACGGUGUUUACGUUUCGACGGGCGGCUGGGCAGAGCAUCUCCUCACCCACCCGGAUCCAGACCAUGCCUUCGAUCGAUAUCUCAGCAAGUGCAAGGACCUUGGUUUUGAUGUGAUUGAAUUAUCUUCCGGAUUCUUGUCCCUGCCAGACGACGACUGGCUUCGCCUUGCCGACAAAGUCCAUUCGUAUAAGCUCGAGCCAAAGCCGGAACUAGGAAUUCAGUUUGGCGCCGGGGGCGAUACGCCUUCUCUUUCGGUGGCACCGUCGGACCCCAAGAAGCUCAUCAGCAUGGGACAGAAAUUUAUCAAUGCAGGUGUGAAGCGCCUGAUGAUCGAGUCGGAAGGGAUCACCGAGAACAUGGAUUCCUGGAGGACCGAUGUGGUAUCUCAAAUCAUGAACGAAUUGCCUCCUGAGAAGGUCAUGUUCGAGGCCGCCGAUCCCAAAGUCUUCAACUGGUACAUUCGAGAGUUCGGGAUUGAUGUGAACUUAUUUGUCGACCACAGCCAGAUCGUGCAGCUAUCAUGUCUCCGAUCCGGUAUUUGGGGGACUGCAGACACCUGGGGCAAGGUCGUUUCCUUCCGGCCCUAG